AUGCAACUCAGACCUCGCAAAGAUGAGUUUGUAUUCGAUGAGAUUGACCAGAUGUAUGUGCUUCAAUAUUACGUUCUUGCGUCUGCUGUUCUUUUGUACUAUGAUUAUCUAUUGUCGUUGCGUUCCGAGGUCGAGUUCAUAUGGCUACGAAGGAUGACUAUGAGUAGCUUUCUUUUCCUAUUGAACCGUUAUAUAGCAUUCUUCGGGUAUAUCUUCAUCAUGUGUCUCAAUUUCUUUCCGCCGACAAACAUCGCGACUUUAUGGCUCAUUGAUCAGGCUGUCGUUAUUGAUGUGCAUACACAGCUGCAAACACUUCUAUUAUUCUCGUUACGAAUCUAUGCCUUAUAUGGUCGUAACUGGAAAGUAGCUUCUCCCGUUAUGCUCUUGGGUCUUGUGAGCGUUAUUAUGUCCGCAUGGACAAUCGGAGACUUCUUCGGUAUUCUAACUAACUUCGGAUUGGGAAGCUCUUCCAAGUCACCAUUUAUUAUCUGUCUUCCUGGAUUUGAAACAUCUGCUAUCCCAUUCGAAGUCACGAUAGCAUUGUCGACUGCGUUUGAUGUAAUCGUCGUCAUCCUGACUAUGGCGAAGACGAUCCGUGCCGCCCAGGAGCAUAGGAAAGCAGGCAUCCGUGAUAGUAUUUACAGCUUGCUUAUACGCGAUGGAACCAUAUAUGCUACAGUCAUGACAAUUGCAAACGCGAUCAAUAUUGUGUUCUUCACUAGCUUGGGAAAUAACACAACACUUUCUCACGUGAUAUCCGUAAUUAUGACUUCCAGACUCAUACUGAACUUGCACAAGGUCAAUGACAAGCGGAGGAAAGCCGCAGUGGAAAUACGUUUGGCAACCCUAUCGGACUCUAAUUCCCAUGGUGUGAGAGUGCGCGAUAUGCUUGAACGGGGUGACAAUGUACGUUCUACAACAUAUGUCUCGAGCAUCUCGACAUGGCUCGCUCGUGCUGUGGACGAUUUCGAGGGUGAUGUCAUGACGGACACAGAAGGUAUUGUUAAUCACGAAUUGCAUCAUGGGCGUUUCCAAGAGAAAAACGCAUCAUAA